CAAGAAAUUUUAAUUGGCAGUUAUUCAAAGUGCAAUAUCUGGCCCACCCAUCGCCCUUUGCAAAUGGAAUUCCUACCUGAACUAGAAGCACAGGUGAGGGGUGCCUCCUUUGUAAAGCUGUGAAGGUACCCAACCUAGCCCAGAGCUGGCUAAGUGGGUGGUCUGUGGUGAUUUGAGGCUAGGAUGUGGCUAGACAGCGGCAAGAUAUAGGGGGUCAGGUGCCUGUGUACAGGGAGGGGGUAAGUGAAGCUCAGCAUGUUUGUUGUGGGACGGUUCUGCGGGGGACACCUCUUUGUGCCUCAAUCUCCAGCAUAUGCAUCCCCCACCCCCAAACACCAGGCAUCAAUAGUCCAGGAGGAGUUCAACUCCUUCUACGGCAGCAGAACCAAGACAGCCAAGGCGGAUGCCUCCGGCAGAGGCUGAGAUCCCUAAGGCAGGCGUUGCCAAGGGACUGGGCGGGCCGGUGGCGCCAGGCAGGGGCUCAGGAGCCGAGAUUUUCCUAACUGCACUCAGGCUGGUCUAAGCGCGGCUGUGGCGCGAGGAGAAGCCCAGGCCGAGAGGAGGGCGGCCAGACCCCAGGCCCCACCUGCAGCCGCCUUCACUUUCGUUUCCCGCGGAUCCUCUGUCCAGUGAAUCGCCAGCGGUUUCGUUUCCGAGGCGAGGCUUAGGGCGAGGCCCGAGACGCCCAUGGCCUUGGCGGGCCUCCCGUCGCUGCUCCGGCAACUGUCGCGGCGGCUGUGCGCGCGGCGCCGGACCUGCACUCCGGCCAUGGCUCCGCCGCGGUGCUUCGCCGUGGAGCUGCCCGACAGCACCCUGGCUCACUUCGCCCUGGGCGUGCAGGGCACCGGCCCCGGGGACACCGGGGACCUCCUGGACCCCCGCCUGGCCGCGCAGCUCGGGCCCCCGGGGCGCAGCUACUCGCUGUGCGUGCCGUUGACACCCGGUGGAGGCUGCGGGCCCCGGGUGCAGGCGGCCCGGAUGCUCCAGCGCCUGCUGCUCCAGCUGUGCCGGGGCCCUUGGCAACAGUGGCGUCUUUUCCGCUACGGUCCAGGCGGACAGGCCGGUGCCGUCCAGCACGGCUUCCUGCUGCGCGACCCCGGCGACCACCCGGACACCCGGGGCUCCCUGCUGGAGCUUCUGGGCUCCUGCCCGGAGGCCGCGCGCCCGCACCUGGGCGAGUUUGAGCUGGACGCCCAAGGUUUGCUGAGACACCGCCUCUGGACGCUGCAGGGGGACAGGCAGGUGCAGGUGGACUGCGCAUGCGUGUUGCCGGUCCCGGCGCCUCAGCUGCACCCGGUGCUGCCUGACCUACUCAACUCGGUGGUCUUUACUGACAGGGAUGCUGCGAAAGCGGUGUUGGAGGAGUGCAUAACCUUUAUUCCGGAAGCCCAAAAGGUGCUUGACCUUGUCGACCAAUGCCCCAAGCAGAUCCAGAAAGGAAAGUUCAAGGUUAUUGUCAUUGAAGGACUGGAUGCCACUGGUAAAACCACCGUGACCCAGUCACUGUCGAAGUCUCUCAAGGCUGUGCUCUUACAGUCACCACCCUCCUGUAUCAGUCAGUGGAGGAAAACCUUUGAUAACCAACCGACUAUCAUUCGAAGAGCAUUUUACUCUUUGGGCAAUUAUCUAGUAGCUUCUAAAAUAGCUGAGGAAUCCACCAAGUCUCCUGUGAUUGUAGACAGGUACUGGCACAGCACGGCUACCUAUGCCAUAGCCACCGAGGUGAGUGGGGGCCUGCAGUACCUGCCCCCUGCCCAUCACCCAGUGUACCAGUGGCCAGGAGACCUGCUCAAACCCGACCUGGUCCUGUUGCUCACCAUGAGUCCUGAGGAGAGAGUGCAGAGGCUUCAGGGUCGGGGCCUUGAGAAGACCAAAGAAGAGACUGAACUUGAGGCUAACAGUGUGUUUCGUCAGAAGGUGGAAAUGACCUACCAGCGUAUGGAGAACCCAAGUUGCCUUCUGGUUGAUGCCAGCCCCUCCAAAGAGGUGGUCCUAGAGACAGUUUUACAGCUGAUCCAGAGUGCUGGUCAAUGAUUGUAGUUCCCUUUGGCCAGGUUCUGUCUGCCCAGAAUGGAAGUUCUAUGAUGCACCCAAGCCCAGCACUUAUUACACAGCUUCCAGGUUCCAAUGGUGCAGGAGCAUUGAGGCAAAAAUGUUAGAGACUGGGCAUUUUGGUUUGACUCAUGGUCGACAGACCCAGCCAACAACUAGAGAGUCUUCUCUGCCUGGGGGUGUGUAUCAUCUUGGAAUAUACACUUAACUCCAUGACCAUCACCUUUCUAAGGUCUGUCUUAGCCAGAAAGCAUAAGUUGUACCAGCAACCAGAAAGACUUCCCAGCCAGUGGCUGCAGCCUUCCCUGUCCUCCUAUACCUGCAAGCCAGGAGUGUCAGAUGAGGCCCAUGUUGGCUUCAGUUGUGAUGGACUGACUCCAUCGUUUUUAGCUUCAGAUCCCAUAGCCAAGUAUCAUCACAGAGCCUGGCUACCUGAGGAUGUUCCCAUAGAGUCAUUUGUGAGUGGGGACAUUUACUAAGAAAUCAUGGAUCUUGUUUCCUAGGCACGUUGAGCAGUUCUGCAACCCCGGCUUCACAGAGUUGAAUGAAGCUAUUUCCCCAUCAGCUGCAAACAUGCCAGCCUGCUCUCAUUAGAUUUUGCUUGUUUGUAUUCCAUCCCUUUCCUCUGAAAUCUGGUUCUGAAUGUAAUGAGCAGUUUGCACUGAACUGGAUGUGUUUCACUUACCCAGCACACCAAUUUAUUUAUGUUGAUGUUUACAUCAUGCCGUUCCUCAGCCUAGGAGCUAUGAGUCACUAAUUAAAACUAAAACCAAGAAACUAAAUGCAACAUUUCCUCUGUAUUUUCAUUACACAAAUUUAAUUUGUCUUAGUAAGCACAAUGGAUACUGGAAUGAGAUUUCAUAGUAUAUUAUCUUACACUUGAAUGUCUUCUGUUUACAAGUGAAGUCAGUCAGCUUUGAAGUCUCUUUACAGAAAAGAAGCUGGGGAUGGGGAGACCUUGGUGCUGUGUGGCCUUGGCCCAGUCAUUUAACAUCAACAAUCUUAACAACAUGAUCUAAAAGGAGGAAAUUGCUGAGCCUGGUGACACAAGCCUCUAAUUCCAACUACUUGGAAGGCUAAGGAAAGAAGAUUGGAAGUUGAAGGCCUUCCUGAGCUACGGAGUGAACUCAGGGCCAGCCUGGACAACUCAGUGAGAACCUGUCUUAAGAUAAGAAGCACAAAGAGGGCUGGGAUUAUAGUUCCAUAGUAGAAUACUGCCUCCCAUGUGCAAGCUCCUUGUUCCAUUUCCAGCACCAUAAAAAUAAAUAUGCAAACAAAUAAGUGAAUAUGCAAACAAAUAAAUAAGUGAAUAACAAAAGUGGUACAUAAUUCUUCGUCAUGGUGAGAUGGCUGAGCCAAAUGAUUAACAUUGCCUCCAGUUCCAACAUGAAUGUCUCUCUUUUUGAGACUGCAUCUUUUUUCUUAAGACUAUAUUGCCAAAUAAUUACAUAUAAGGCCUUAUCAAGUUUGCCCUGUGGGAUCUUAAAUUAUAAUAAAGUUUAGUAUUGAGAUCCUAAUACUUUUUUAAAGAACUGUAGAUAAUUCAAAUAUAAUGUGUAUAUAUAUAUAUAUA